CUUCAACAUCUAGCUUCAUCUCCAUCUCUAUCUCCAUCUCUCUUUUUGUCUCUCUUUUGCGGCUGCCUUUUGCCGAAUCCCCAGGCUUAUCCCUCAUUUGUGCGGCGGAAUCCCUUUCGCGACUCGGCGCUUAAUUUAGCCUCUCCUGCCCGUGCAUUCCAGAGCGAUCUGUCUUCGCUUCGUCAUCGGUCUCUCGGUCUAUGCGCGCUCCAGCGUACAACCUCGAGAUUGACUUUUCAACUCUGCCUGUCUGCCCGCUUUCUAUUUCCUCGGUCCUAUCGCAACAACGGGACAGCCCCAGCGGCCGCUCAACAGUCCGCUCUGAUCAGCCCUUCGAUAAUUCUCCCAUCUUCUCCCAUUUCCGAACUCGCUAUCGCUCAUCCUCUACGUUCUCCUCCGUUUACUCAGAUUGCGUGUCUCCGAUCGAUAGUCUGAAGCGACGUUCUAGCCGCUACAAUGCCUGGUUUCCGAGACUCGUUCUGGACGCCCGACUAUGCGUCGGGACUGGGCGUUCUUUAUGGGAAGUUGCAGCAAGGCGUGGUGGAGAACAGGCAAAUCUUGACCAUUGCGUCGAUGCGUGCAGAUGCAGAGGAACAGUACGGUCUCCGCAUGGGAGACAUUGCCCCGAGCGUGGACAGGAUGACAGCCGCAGGAUUCGGCAAGGACGACGGUGCAAGUGUCAGAAAGGCAUACGAAGGAAUCCGAACCGAGAUGGUUGAGGCCUCGAGAAAUCACCAGAAGAUCGCCAACAAUAUCCGCGAAUUAGUCGUUGCGCCAUUCCGACGCUGGGGCGAGCAGCAUGAUCUACGUGUUCAGUAUUCGCAUGAUCUGCUCCAGUCGCGCAUCAAGGAACACACGAAACAGGCGGAUUUGGUGCGGAAACUGCGCAGUACUUAUUUCAAUAAGUGUCGUGUUGUUGAGGAUCUGGAGGAAGAGAAUAAGCUUGCCUUCCAGGAUCCCGAAACGAGUCCUAAGAUUGUUUUGCCUGCUGAAGAGGAGCCUGAUGAGGAUCCUAUUGAGUUGGGCGAGCGCAUUUUCUCGCCGGACCAGAUCAAGCAGUUGCUCUCUCAUAUGCUUCACAACAUCAAGCUUGGCGAGGCCAAGGUUCCUAUUAUCGGAACGUAUCUGAAUGUUUCUACCGGUGCGGACAUUGCGCAAUACAUCCAGACCUAUAUGGAGGCCGAUAACCUCGCCCAAGUAGAGCGGAUUGGUCAGGAUAUGGUGGACAAUGGUCUUCUUCGUUUGGUUGGAAACAUGGGCAAUGUCUUUGCCAACAGCUCCAAGAUGAACUACCAAUGGCGUCCUAAGGUCUUCCAGCUUACCGGUAUCCCCGAGAAGAAGAAGCCUCUCAUGCGUGUUACUUCCAUGGCAUCCAGCGAAGACGGCAGCAACGCCGACUCUCCCAUUGCAUCUGUCUCUGAGAUGCUUUCAGGCUGGAACCCCCUCAACAACCCCUACCCGAACGAGACACCUUCAGAGAAGCUCCGCAGAGAAGCCCUCGAAGCCGAUGAGCGGUAUAAGGUUGCCGUGCGCAAGCUUGACCAGAUCCGCUGCCGUCUUGAGGAAGAGAUCAUUGACCAGCUCAAGUAUAUGGAGCAGUGCGAACUGGAUCGUCUUAAGGCUAUCAAGGCCGUUGUUCUCGAUUUCUCUGGCGCUAUCAGCAAUGUCAUCCCAAACCUGCAGAGCACGGUUGAUCAUAUGAUGCUGUACCAGGAGACUAUUCAGCCUCUUGGUGACUUGAGAUAUCUGCUGGAGAACUACCGUACUGGUGGAUUUGUGCCUAAAAUUCAGGCAUACGAAAACUAUUACGGUUCCGUUGAAGAACAGAACUUUGGUGUUGACCUUGAGGCCAGAGCCCGCGUCGAUCGCAAGCGUGUCCCUAUUCUCGUCACCACCAUUUUGACCUACCUCGAUAACCGCUACCCCGAACUAGAAGGCGACGAGGCAAGGCGAAUGAUCUGGCUGACUGAUGUUGGCCUGGACAAGACCCACAAGCUUCGUGCUAUAUUGAACAACAGCAAGGCCGACUACAAGGAGGUCCUGCCACAAUUCCAAAUUCCCGUCAUUGCCAGCGUUCUGAGAUUGUACCUGCUUGAACUGCCAGACUCCCUGGUUUCCUCCCAAGUUUACGAAAUUGUGAAAACGAUCUACUCCACCACCGCUAACGAGACCACGGAAGACGGACGAAUCAAGGUUCUGCAGAGCACCCUUGGACAACUCCGUCUCGUCAACAUCGCUACGCUUGAUGCCAUUAUGACUCAUUUCACGCGCCUGAUUGAUUUGACCUCUGCCGACGAAGAAUACGUCACUUUGUUGGCUCAGACUUUUGCUUCUUGCAUUCUUCGCCCUCGCGUAGAGAACGCCCUGACCAUGAACGAGCGCCACAGCUAUCGUCUUAUCCGCGACCUGUUCGCCCACAAGGAUGCCAUCUUUGGCGAACUGAAACGCCAGUCGAGUGCCCUCGGACUCAGCAGCUCCGGCUCGAACCGCCCCCGCGCCAUCAGCACAGAUGAGAGCAACCGUCGUGCAGCAAUGGAGGCCCGCCAGCGUGCCAUUGUCAACCGCAGCCGAGCCACCAGCCCCGCCGCCCGCCAAAGACACCGACGUGACCGCUCCAGCGGAGCAUCAGAGACUGGCCGGUUCCCAAUCAACGUCAACAGCCCCUCAGACCGCAGAGCCACUCGCGGCCCUAGUCUGGACGUGCCAACAAGCAGCGGAUCCCCCACUGCCUCCGAGAACGCACCCACAGUGGACACCCAAAUGACGGAAACAGUCACCAACGGCGCCUCAACUGAAUCCCCAGACUCAAUCGCCGCCAGCACAAGUGGCUACUCCGACUCGCCAAGUCCCCCUCCUAUUCCCGAAACCGCCUCCGACGGCUCCCCAACUCCAACCCCGACCCCAUCCGCUCAAUCCGCCGAGUUCGAUAAGCGUAACUCUAUCCCCCGCUCCGCUGGUGGUCGCUACACCCGCAAGCCGGGUCUCGGUAGCUUAUCCAACUUCCCUACUGGCUCGGCUGUCGGCGCUAGCGGAACGGAUAGCAACCGCAGCAGUAUCGCCGAGAGUGAGCCUAACAGGGUCACUCUAGAGGAUAAGCCUAUGGACGAUUAAAUUGUAACGCCUUGCCUACCUGCUGGUGAGGACUGACGGAUCACGGAAUACGCUGGGAAACUCUUUUGUAUAGAUCGAAACGGGAGCCAUUUGUCCUGUCUCGGACUGGAGAAAGAACAUUUGCAUUACAUACAUAUCUCUUCUUCAGAAACUGAGACAUGGCAGAAACGACCCAUGGAGUUGCGUUUUGGAACUUGAUUUCAGCUUGUUUUGCUUGUUUGUUUGCCUUUUCUUUUUAAUCUUUACCUUUUACUUCAUGUCCCUUGCGAGGCAUGUAUGCAUUACAUACCCUUCUCCCUUUCUGUCUUGUACUACCCGCAGUUGGGGGGAUUGUUCACGUCCCUUUUCGUUCCGCUUUUUGAAUUUGGAUUUUGUUUCCUACCUUUUUUGUUAUGUUUCUUAUGCAUUCCCUUCUUUCUUUGCCCUUGUGCUUGUCUGCACUUGGUAUAUGUAUACUCUGAUUCCUCUGCAUAUGAAUUUCCUUCUUUCAUGGAGAUGGUACUUCGUCUGGUUUGUAGUGUACUGUAUACUUUUGAUAUGCAUAUAUAGUAUGGGAG